GAGGCCGAUGUGCAAAGCCUCUCUUUUGUUUGCAUGAAACUCCACGUGAGAAAGCUUACGUAAAAUCGUUUUUGACCAAUCAGCUCCUGCUUACUAGAAACGGAAGUUGUACGCCAUUGGCAUUUUCCUUAAAGCAAGACUUGAUCAGCGUUUUUAUAGGCUACAAAACAAACCGUAUAUUACCGUUUUUAAAUUUCGAAGUGUACCUGUCGUUAAAUUGGCAAGAUGAAACACAACUCGAAUGUCCCAGCUUUCCUCACUAAAUUGUGGACGUUGGUCGAGGACACAGACACCAAUGAAUUUAUUUGCUGGAGUCAGGAGGGCAACAGCUUUCUAGUUUUGGACGAGCAGCGCUUCGCCAAAGAGAUCCUCCCCAAGUUUUUCAAGCACAAUAACAUGGCCAGUUUCAUCAGGCAGCUCAACAUGUAUGGAUUCCGUAAGGUGAUGCACAUUGAUACAGGCAUUGUGAAACAGGAGAGAGACGGUCCAGUGGAAUUUCAGCACCCCUACUUCAGACAAGGACAGGAUGAUCUGUUGGAGAACAUCAAGAGGAAGGUUUCUAAUGCUCGACCAGAGGACAAUAAGAUUCGACAGGAAGACCUGAGCAAGAUUUUGGCAAGUGUUCAAAGUGUUCACAGCAAACAGGAGAACAUCGAUGCCCGGUUGGCAACACUCAAGAGAGAGAAUGAGUCUCUGUGGCGAGAGUUAUCAGAUCUGAGACAGAAACAUGCCCACCAACAACAGCUCAUCAAAAAGUUGAUCCAUUUCAUUGUCACAUUGGUGCAGAACAACCGCAUCCUGAAUUUAAAACGUAAAAGGCCCAUUCUUAUGAAUGGCAAUGGGAAGAAGCCCAAAUUCAUUCACCAGAUCUAUGAUGACAAAGUGUGUGUUGAACAGUCCUCCGUCAGUAGUAUCAAUGGAGUAAAGGGUUCUGAGCUAUCCGAUGAGGUCGUUAUCUGUGACUUGACUGAGAAUGAUGGAGAGGUAACACCAGAGAUCACAGAGGAGUCACAAGCCUACGAGCAAGGCGAUGUCGAAAUAGUGGAAGUAGAGCUCGACAACUGUGCAGUGCUUCCAGCUGAAACAGAGGUGAGCACCACCAUUACAGAGGGCCUCAAACACACUGAAGCUGUGUCGCCAGCCCCAGCAGAUGACAGUCAGAGGAGCAGCACUCUAGACAGCAGUGGAACAACUAGUAGUGCCCUACAGCUUAAUAAACCCUCAGUGCUGAGUCUUGAGGACCCCGUGAAAAUGAUGGAUUCCAUCUUGAAUGAGAAUGGAGCAGCAAUAUCACAGAACAUCAACCUGUUGGGGAAGGUGGAACUCAUGGACUAUCUGGAUAGUAUUGACUGCAGUCUAGAGGACUUCCAGGCCAUGCUUUAUGGAAAACAGUGUGGCAUUGAUUUUGAUACUCAAGAGGAGAGUGUGCCCUCCAAAGGGAGCACAGCAGAGAUGAGCAAAGGGAGGAGUGAGGAAGAUAACACAGAUAAGCAGCUGAUCCAGUACACCACCUGCCCUCUGUUGGCUUUCCUCGAUGGCUGUAUUCAUCCUCCAGACCUGGAUCUAUCCAUAGACGGCAGCAGCACAGGCUCCUCAAGCACCCAACACGAGCCUUCUUCCAGCUCUGUUGCUUCUGUUGAUGCUGAGAAUUCAUCAGAGAUACUGGACACCAGCCUGGAGUCGAAGCAGGCACAUCGCAGCUCGCUGAUUCGCCUGGAGCCCCUGACGGAGGCAGAAGCUAGUGAGGAGACCCUCUUCUACCUAUGUGAACUGAGUCCUGCUGGGCCUGAAGCUGAUUCAGUCCAGCUUAGCUGAGUGUGAGCACUGAGACUGCUUCACUCACAGACUGUGUCCCUCAGUUAUGUUAAUACGUCCUCUCAUCUCUUGUCCUGAGUUGUUUUAAACAGCAGAAAAUGAAGUGAAAAACCUCGUGGCUGCAGUUUGGACAGAUUUUUAGAUUUAAGACUUUUGCUUUGGGUUUAGGUAAUAGUCAGUCAAUCAAAAGUCACAACUAACUACUCCAUACUCAUUCUGUUUGUGUCCUGUAAGGAUAACAAUACAGGAAAAUCCUGGAAUGUGUGUGUUCCUCAUCUGUGGGAGGGGCAGAAAGAGCUAAACGAACUUCCACAUUUCUGAAACUUGAUCAUUUUACUUUCAAGUUCUAGAACUUGAAUUUUUUUUUUUUUUUUCUCAAAUCAAAGGUCUCAAAUGUAAAAAUAAGGCACAAAGUGGAGGCAUUGUAAUCACUUGUGUAUAAGCUCGGUUCAUCUCUGUGCUGCUGGAUCCACAGACAGAAGAAUACAUUGGCUUUCGUUCCCUCUCCUCUUCAGCGUCUUUGUAGUCUAAAGAGAACUGCUUCAGUUUUGGUUCUACAACUUUAGUGAGGAUGAACAGUGAACCGUUGUAUAUAAUUUAAUAAUCUAUUUAUUCUAGUUUUUGUUUAUAUUUGGCUUAAUGUUUGUGCACAGAGCUUAGACUUUUUAUAAAGCAACAUUCCUGCGGAUUGUGUUGUGUUUAGGGAACACCUCGGAAAGUAAUUUGUACAUUUACAUUCAGUUGAAUUCUGGAGGACUGGGGAAACACUGAAUUAAAAACAGAAAUAGGGGGUAAUAAUCAGUCCUUCAGUCAGCUCAUAAGUUUUCAUUCUCAUAACUGCAGACAGAAAUAAUCUUGAUGAUAAUGUGUGAGUGGCUUUAGCAUGUGUGCAUGCUACAGAUAUGAUAGAUGUGGAAAGAAUGCGCUGUGUCCACCCAACUACACACAAGGCAUACAAAACAUAUAUUGUGAAAUCUGUCCUGCUUUCCUUUAGCAGUAUAUAACAAUAAAGUUGAGUUGUUGUAA